AUCUGAUUUUUUUUUUCUCAUUUUGUUGAAGAAAAAUGCCUUCCUUGAGAGGAAAAGCACAGACUGUUUUGGGCCUUGUGGAGCCAGACCGCCUUGGCUAUACGUUGACUCACGAACACUUGACUAUGAACUACAGCAGCUGCUUUUGUCCACCUUCUCCAGGCCAAGAAUCUCUGUCUCGUGGGCCCAUUGAGAUGAAGAACUUGUUUUGGAUUAAGCAAAAUCCCUACAGCCAUAAAGAAAACCUUCUCUUGUAUCAGGAGACAGAUGCUGUGAAGGAGGAGCUGUUGCAUUUUAAAGCAGCAGGUGGUGGGACGAUUGUAGAAAACACCACCACAGGAAUCGGUCGGGAUAUGAAUACUUUGAAGAAGCUUGCUGAAGAAACUGGAGUCCAUAUUAUUGCUGGAGCUGGCUUUUAUGUGGAUUCCACUCAUUCUGCUCAAACACAGGCCAUGACAGUGGAGCAGCUUACAGACAUUAUUGUUGAUGAAAUUCUCAAUGGAGCGGAUGGGACUAACAUCAAGUGCGGUGUGGUGGGAGAAAUAGGCUGCUCCUGGCCUUUGACUCAGAGUGAGCACAGAGUGCUUCAGGCAACAGCACAGGCUCAGUCCCAGCUUGGGUGCCCCGUUAUCAUCCAUCCCGGCAGGGACAGCGAUUCCCCUUUCCAGAUUAUCCGCAUCCUGCAGGAAGCUGGGGCCGACGCUUCAAAGACAGUCAUGUCCCACCUGGACAGGACCAUAUUUGAUAUGAAGAAACUUCUGGAAUUUGCUAAACUUGGAUGCUAUUUAGAGUACGACCUAUUUGGUACAGAAUUUCUCCACUACCAGUUCCACCCUGAUAUUGACAUGCCGAGUGACAAUGACAGAAUUGCAAGGAUUCAGAUGCUGAUCGAUGAAGGCUAUGAAGACAGAAUUCUCAUGGCUCAUGAUGUGCACACUAAGAAUAGGUUGAUGAAAUAUGGAGGUCAUGGAUAUUCACAUAUCCUUAAAAAUAUAGUUCCUAAAAUGCUAAUUAGAGGCAUAUCUCAAGAUAAAAUUGAUAAAAUACUCCUAGCAAACCCAAAGCGGUGGUUGACUUUUAAGUAG